AUGAUGUUGGAGAAAGACGAUUUGGGUCUGAGCUUAGGCUUGAAUUUUCCCAAGAAUCAGAUAGAUCUCAAAUCAAAUCCUUCUGUUCCUGUUACUCCAUCUUCUUCUUCUUUUGGACUACUUAGAAGAUCUUCAUGGAACGAGAGUUUUAAUUCGUCAGUUCCAAACUCCGAUUCAUGUCGUAUAGAAACAAGAACGUUCAUCCGUGGAAUCGACGUGAACAGACCACCGUCGACGGCGGAAUACGGCGACGAAGACGCCGGAGUAUCGUCUCCUAACAGUACAGUCUCAAGCUCUACAGGGAAAAGGAGUGAGAGAGAAGAAGAUACAGAUCCUCAAGGGUCAAGAGGAAUCAUCAGUGACGAAGAAGAUGGUGAUAAUUCGAGGAAGAAACUUAGACUCUCUAAAGAUCAAUCUGCUAUUCUCGAGGAAACUUUCAAAGAUCACAGUACUCUCAAUCCGAAGCAGAAGCAAGCCUUGGCUAAGCAAUUGGGAUUAAGAGCAAGACAAGUGGAAGUUUGGUUUCAGAACAGACGAGCAAGGACUAAGCUGAAGCAGACUGAGGUUGACUGUGAGUUCUUACGGCGAUGCUGCGAGAACUUAACGGAAGAGAACCGUCGGUUACAGAAAGAAGUAACGGAGUUAAGGGCACUUAAACUUUCACCACAGUUCUACAUGCACAUGAGCCCACCCACAACUUUGACCAUGUGCCCUUCGUGUGAACACGUGUCGUUUCCACCACCAGCACAGCCACAGGCUGCCAUGUCAGCGAACCCCCGGUCUUCGCCGGUCAAUGCUUGGCCUCCGGCUACGAGGAUUUCUCACGGGGGCUUGACUUUUGACGCUUUUCGUCCGCGGUCUUGA